AUGAAUUCGGAGAAAUCUGUGGAAGCAACGGAGGAUGCAUCCUCUCCUUGUCAAGUUCCAAGCCACCCCAAGUCUUACAGAAAGCCCGCCAAAUAUGAUAUUCAACCACUGCCCCCGAUCGAUGAAUCCACCGAGUCCAUCGAAUCUAUUCAAGAAAAAUUCAAAAAUGCCGGACCAUCGGUACCGGUGCAAAUGGCUGUCCGGUAUAACACUGAUGAGUGUGAAGAUGAACAACCCCCCUCACUGACUUCCUCUGUUCCUUCAGCUAUGGUGUCAAGCAAGGGGACCACGUCAUUUGGACUCCUGCUUCCUACAAGCCACCGGUUAUCUCCAAUGUCACAAAUGAUUCAAGAUCUUGAAUAUCCAUCAUCUUCAAUAACCGUCGACUCCUAUUCAAACGACCCGCUUGGUUCAAUCCACGAUAAUGAAGCGGAGACGUUAAUCACUAGCAACAAUGGAAUUAAAUCAAGUGAUUGUGGUGGAAUUGACGCUAUUAAUAUUCACUCCAUCUCAGCAACCCCCUCAAUAAGAGAACUUUAUGGAGUUCAAUUGAAUUCUCGGUUUUCCAACCUGAUAUACGACGCUCAAUACGACAGAUACAUCAAGAGACCCAAGCUCGACAUAGAAGGAGGUUCGAGACCGAGCACUAAUCUGCAAUUUGACGAUGUGUAUACGGCGGCAGAUGGAGUGAAAGAGAAGAACGGUAAAGCUGAUGGUAAGAUGCCAGUACAUGCCAAGGCGACGAUAAUGAAAUACACAAACUCUGAUAGAAUAGCGGGAGUUCGACCUUUGAGGAUGAAGCCACAAGUCCAGCCUAGUAAUCUGUACCGAGAUGUUAAGAAUGGACUUGGAAAUGGAGGUGAAGAAGAUGUCAAAAAACAUCUGCGACUGGCUUCAGAGCCGGGACGUAUUGGAAGUCCAGUAGAAGAUCAACAACUUGGCAGAUUGAGAUCUGAUACGAUACGCACGAGGAGAAUUUCAAGACAUCCACCUGCGAAUAUCUCCAGAAAACUAGGCGACUCACCAACCUUAAAUCGACAAAAGUCUCGUCGGAGAAACGCCAGUCCAAUCUACUUACCAGCUAACGAGAACGAAAAUACAAUUCCAAGAAGACUUUACACGCUAGCCAAUAGUCAAUCACCAUCUCCAAGAAUUCGUUCAGUCCGCUCGCCACCACCAAUGGAUCGUCCAUACCGCCACAUCAGUCAACUGUGCUUGAACGAAAUGCCUCAUGUCGGUACUCCACCAGCUCAAGAUCGCGGUUCUAGUGGAAGCAAUUCUCCAAUUGUGGUCGAUAUUACUUCUUUCGUACCGCCAACAGCGAUUACAAAAUCUCCGCCGGAGGGUGUAACUUCUCUCGUACCGACCUCAACAACUACUGUAUCUCCAACUACGCCCAAAAGUUCAAUAAAGCUUCCGCCUUAUACUCUGGAUCUCCCCCAAAUCUUCUCAACUCCAUCACCAAUCUCUCUACCACCUCAAAUUGCCUCCGCGAUCCCCGCAACCCCAACUAGGAAUUCCAAUUCUGAACCGAACAUUUCACAUUCCCCAAUCUCCUACCAACAACCAGCUACAGCCAAAUCAUCCAUAUACUCUACCUACACCCCCGAAUCCUCUCCUCACAAUAGCGCUAUUACACCUCCUACAGUUUCGCGUAUUUUCAGCAUCCCUUCACCACCACAUACCCCUCCAGCCUGCCUUUUCCGCUCCAAUACAGUCAGUACCAAUCCCAGUAGUGCUACUCAGGGCACAUACUCACACAGUCGCAAUGACACCAUUUCGACACAGGCAUCUAGCAUUAUUUCACAUGUAGCUAGUCCGUCGCUAAAAGCUCAUUCAUCCCUUAAAGCUAGUCCAUUCAUCAACGCCAGUCAGCCCCUUAAAGCUAGUCCAUCUCCCAAAAAUAAUCCACGCCUCGAUGCUAAACUACCAGCUAUUCCACCGCCCAAUCCUCGCAUCAGCACUCUAAGCCAAGAAAGUAUCGCAUUAACCGAACACCUAGUACGAGAAGGAAUCUACGGCGGCAUCAUCUACGACAUUGGUAAAACCGGCGACGCCUAUCCCACUCAUCCCAAUCCACCUUCCACAGAAAACCCUAUCCCGCACUUCACCCAAAAACUCACCUCCUUCCAGAUCCGCCACAGAAAGAAACGCGAAGCCCGCAAACUAAACUCCGCGCUUCGCAAGCGCGAAAAAAAGGAAAAACGAGAGCAAAAAGCUAAAGAGAAGCAAAAUAGAAAAACAAUUAAGAAAUUUAAAGCAAAGACGAAGAAAGCUAAAUUAGCGGUGCAGAGGAAGAAAGGCAUGGUGAAUUAUUUUCAAAUAAGGGUAUUUUUUAGGGGAUUGGGAAAGGGUGUUAGGAUGAGGGUGCAGAGAGCGAGGAGGAGAUGGGGAGAAGUGCAGAUUUCGAGGAUUUUGGGAGCGAAACCGGAAAGGUUGGAUGUAAGGGAUGGGUUUGAUUUUGUUUGUAGGGGGGAGAGUGGGGAUAAGAAUUGGGAGCAUGUUAAGGAGAGAGGGGGUGUGCUGGAGGGAGAGGGGAAUGGCUUGGUGUUUGAGAGGAAGAAGGAUGGCUAG